GAACGCUUUCCUCAAUACAACUUGUACUGCUUGUUCACUAAUAAAUCACAUUCCACCCCAGCUACAAGAAUCAGACCAUGUCCUCCCAACAGCACGAGCCAAAAAUCACCUCCAAGAAUCUUGCCUACUCGAGCGAUCUACCUCCCUUCCUAGCCAAGCUCCGCGGCCAGCACCAGCAACAGCGCGACUCCGACUCCCCGGACCCUAUCCUAGCUGCGCGACGACGAGCAGCACGGCCGCGGUCCGCCAGCGAGGAGGCCGAAGAUGCGCCUCUUGUCGUCGACGAGGCGGGGAACACCGUCGCUCUCCCGUCCGGCGCGGACGCGGAUGUUCCUGCAGAUGACGAUGCAGAUGGUAGGAAUGAUGGUGCCAGCGUAGACAAUGGGAAAGAGAGGGAGAAAGAGAAAAUAGCUGGCAUUGGGGCAGGCAAAAAACGCAAGGUAGGACGGGUGGUUGGCGGCACCGAUGAGGACGGAGUCCAGGACGAGGAGCGAAAGCCAUUAAGAAACAUUAAAGGCCGAGAGAAGGAAGAGAGUUCUUCGACAAAGAACAGUAAUAAACCCGCCGUUGACGCCAAAUCGGGAACGAAGCAGACCAAGAAGAAGGCGAAGAAGAUCAAGCUUAGCUUUAACGACGACGGAGACUAAAGGGGGCUGAGGAUUCCGAAAGCACGAAAAAAAAAGGUCUAUAUAUAAUACGAUGCGAAGCUUGGAUAUAUGCUACCGAGAUUAAACGAGACGAUAUACCGAUGUCUGAUAUGCAGCAUGGUCUGCCUCAUUUUUAGGCUCUAGAGCCACCACCCUUGACGAUAGGCAACUGAACAGCCGGCAUCUAUAACGAAUCUGGUCCCAUCGUCAAUAGGCAGUAGAAUGGCGUUGUAUACUUCGAGAGGAUGGUUGGGUCUAAAAGGGAAGAGACGACAAAUUCCCCAUCCUCUAGGGAAGGUGGAUAGGUCGAUACGAGAUUUAGCUCUAGACAAAGUUAGAGUCUCACGAGAACACCUCAAGAUCAUGUCAGGGCGUUCUAGGCUGUUAUGAUUCUUUGGGUCUGAUAGGGACUCUCGAUACCAACCCUUCGGCCAAAGCAGACCUUGAUAGAUAUUGCAGCGAAGGCUUUACUACAUAAAGACGACAGCGUUUUAUGCGUAGACGCCCGAAUCGAAGCAUUUGCAGACAAUCGACACCUACCCAAACGUAGCAAGGGCAUCUGUUGAUUAAAAUUCCAUCAAGAUAGAU